UCUGGCGAAGAUAUUCAAAAGAAGUCGAAAUUUCCGAAAGAAAACAAAAAUCUCUUCUCCUUCUUCUGAGCUUUCAUAGAAGAGAAAAUUCCUUCAAAACCCUAAAAAGAACUAAAGAAAGAGCAGAGAAUUCAAGCUUCGAUUCCUUUAUUCUCUUUCAGGGCGGUAUACUCCACUUCAAAGGUUUUUGCUUCUUGGAGUAAUUUACACUUGCUUGAUGACAAUUGUGUUAUAUAAGAACUUGCUGUGAGAUUGAACCAAUUUAAGCAGAGAGCUUGAUCAGGGUCAUUGAAAUAGGAAAUCCGCAAGAGCUCAUUUCCUGUUUCAAAACCCCGUUCGAUAAUUUGAGUUCUCUUUGUAAUCAGAAAGGCCAUAAAUGGCAUUUGGAAUCAAAUAUGGUGAUGAAUUACUCAUUAGAGUGGCCUGGUUGGAUACGGAAUUCAUAUGAUCCCAAUGGUAUUCUCACUUUGGGGAUUAUCCCCAUUCAAAUCUAAAUAAAUGGAGAGAAAAUCAGAUGAAGGGCCGAGGGAGCAAUCAAAACAAUAUGAACAGUUCCGAUACGACUCCAUGGGAACUAGAAGUGAGGGACACGCCCCUGCAAGUCAGAGGUUUAUGCCAGAUCCAUCUAGUUCUGUCUAUACAAAUGCGAGACCUCCGGAGUUCAAUGCCACUAGUGGGGUUAGACCUGUACUGAAUUUCUCUAUUCAGACAGGCGAGGAGUUUGCCCUGGAAUUUAUGCGCGAUCGGGCUAAUCCAAGGAAACCCUUUGUCCCAAACACCGUUGGAGAUCAGGGCACUGCCACUAGUUAUAUGGAACUGAAGGGAAUUCUGGGCAUUAGCCAUAUGGGAUCUGAGAGUGGGUCGGAUGUAUCAAUGCUUCCCACUGGAGAAAAAGGACGGGUCAAGGAGCUUGAGAAGAAGGGCAAUUAUGAAACUGAAAACAAGGUUUACUAUGAUUCUGUACAAUCAGCACCACGUGCUUUGUUGGGUGAUGGAAGUAGUCGAGGGGCUGCUCAUGGGUAUCUCUCCUCUAUGGCUUCCGAUAAUUUGUCAACAAAGAUGAAGUUCCUCUGCAGCUUUGGUGGUCGUAUUCUACCUCGCCCAAGUGAUGGAAAGCUCAGGUAUGUAGGAGGUGAUACACGAAUUAUCCGGAUAAGCAAGGACAUCUCCUGGCAGGAACUUGUGCAGAAAAUGUCAGCAAUUUACAACCAAGCUCAUAUGAUCAAAUAUCAGCUUCCUGGGGAGGAACUUGAUGCAUUGGUAUCGGUGUCCUGUGAUGAAGAUCUGCAGAAUAUGAUUGAGGAGUGUAGUACGUUGGAAGGCGGCGAGGGAUCACAAAAGCUCAGGAUGUUUCUGUUUUCCGUGGCUGAGAUGGAAGAUGCUCAUUUGGGACUAGGCAGCAUGGAGGGGGAUUCUGAAACGCAGUAUGUCGUUGCUGUAAAUGGGAUGGAUGUUGGACAGAGAAAGAACACUAGUGUACAUGGUUUAGCAAGUACAUCGGCAAACGAUUUGGAUCAGUUAUUCAAUCUUAAUGUUGGAGGUGAUAGGAAGAUGAGUGGAAUUGAAAUGGAGGCAGUUGGGACUGGUGCACAUUUGAUGACUACUUCAGGACAUCCUUCCACAACACCAUCUUCUGUGCCAUUGCAGCCAAGCCCAUUGAAUGAUUAUGGGGCUCGUGCACCAUCUUAUCAAGACCGGAUUACGCAUCAUGUGGAGAGUGAUCACCAUCCGUUCUCAGCUGCCCACCCUGUCGACAGCUUCAAUGCUAUGGACUGCAGGACUUCCAUUCCCUCAUCUAUGCCACCACAAUAUAGCUACAACUCUAAUUAUUCACCAUUUGGAGAAAAUUCAGUCCCUGCGCCUGUCCCUGAGCUACUAUCUCUGCAACAAGGAGGUCAGACUGAUGGGCUACAAGGUGGAUUCAGAGUUCUGGAUUCUGAAGUGCCAGUGAAAGAGGCGAAGCUAAAAAGUGAUGGUCCGUUCCAGCAAAAGAAUGCAAUUGAGCAAGUUCAUUCCUUAGAAAAUGAUAUUCUUUCUCAUAAGCUGCAAGAUGAUGGUUCCGUCCAGAGCUACUUUUCUGCUGAAGUAUCUUUCGCUGGGUCAACUGUAGCUGAUGUUGUAAAUACAAGCAGAACUCUUGAGGCUAAUGAUGGAGACCAUUACAAUGCAUCUGGUGGCGCUUUUGCUCCUGCUUUUGCCAACUCUGAGGGCGACCUGACUGAUUUUAGUGAUUUCGAACCACCUAUGCUCCCUCAGCGGGUCUUUCAUUCUGAGAGGAUUCAUCGGGAGCAGCCGGAUUUGCUGAAUCGGUCAUCGAAAUCGGAUGACGAUUCCUUGGGUUCUCGGUAUCUGAUACCUCACUCACGUCCUGUUCGAGUGCCACAGGAACCUAUUACAGAAUCUGUUGAUCCUCUGCAUGAGGGAAACCCUGUUUCCCAGGCUGAGCAACAUGUAUUAUCUGCUAAACCAUCACAUACAAAUCCUCCCACCCUUGAAGAGGGGUUGAUGCAAUUUGAAAAAUAUAAAGAGUUGGCUCAUGCAAUUAAUCAACCUGAACCCUUCUUAGGUGGGAAUGAAUCUGUGCUCAAUCAUAAUGUUCGUGGUCUGGAAGAAGACUCAAAUGUUGGUGAAAUGCGCAAGGUCAAAGGCCAUCUUAAAGAACCUUCUGUCGAUGAAGCGGAGGUAGCUGGAUUGGAACGCCCUUCUGCAGGCCCAGGAACUGCCAUUAAGCUACAGGAAGAUCCUUCUUCCAGUCUGCCGGAGCUACACUGGGUAGAGAUGGGUACCAUGGGUAUCGACAACGAAAAUGCAAUGGGGCAGGCGCCACCUUUUACUUGGGCAGGGAGCUCCGCUCAAGCUGUUUCUCGAGACGAAUCUUCUGCUUGUGAUUCUGCACCAGAGCGAGGGGAUAUUCUGAUUGAUAUCAAUGAUCGGUUCCCUCCUGAUUUGCUUUCUGAUCUAUUUAACAAGGCUAGAGUUGCGGGUGAUUCCACAGGUAUAAGCCCCCUCCUCACAGAUGAAACUGGCUUGAGCUUGAAUAUGCAGAACCAUGAACCUAAGCGCUGGUCAUUCUUUCGAAAUUUAGCACCAAACGAAUUCGUCCGGAAAGAUGUUUCUCUUAUGGAUCAGGACCAUAUUGUUUUUACUUCUCCACUUACGAAAGUUGAAGAGGGCGUCGCACAAACCUAUGGUUUUUCCCCUUUUGAUAAUGAGGGAGUUGCAAUGGGCCAGGUAGAAUCGCAAAUUGUUUUCAGUGAGGAAGGCCCAGCAGAGUCAUCAGGUGCUUUGGGAACUGAAACCAGUGGUUUGCAUGCGGGUUACAUCCCUUCCCAGAUCAUUCAUCCCCAUAUACUGGACAAGGGCAAUGAAUCACCUAUCAUAAGAAUUCCAGAGUCAGAAUACGAGGAAGGGAAGUUGGAUGCUGGGCAUAUUGGUGGAUCUAUCGAUUCUUCUUUGGGCGAUUUCAAUAUCUCUGACCUGCAGAUAAUAAAGAAUGAGGAUCUUGAAGAGCUGAAAGAACUUGGUUCUGGCACAUUUGGAACUGUCUAUCAUGGAAAGUGGAGAGGAUCAGAUGUUGCCAUUAAGCGAAUAAAGAAGAGCUGCUUUACAGGUCGAUCAUCUGAGCAAGAGAGAUUGACCUUCGAGUUUUGGCGAGAAGCUGAAAUCUUAUCAAGGCUUCACCAUCCAAACGUGGUGGCAUUUUAUGGUGUUGUACAAGAUGGACCAGGGGGAACGCUAGCCACUGUAACUGAGUUCAUGGUGAAUGGUUCUCUUAGGCAUGUUUUGCUACGGAGGGACAAGUAUCUUGAUCGCCGUAAGCGGCUCAUCAUUGCAAUGGAUGCAGCUUUUGGGAUGGAAUAUUUGCAUUCCAAGAACAUUGUGCAUUUUGAUCUGAAGUGCGAUAACUUGCUCGUAAACCUGAAAGACCCCUUGCGACCUAUUUGCAAGGUAGGUGACUUUGGCUUGUCAAAGAUUAAGAGAAAUACACUGGUUUCUGGGGGUGUAAGGGGAACUUUGCCAUGGAUGGCCCCAGAGUUAUUAAACGGGAGCAGCAAUAAGGUCUCUGAAAAGGUUGAUGUAUUCUCAUUCGGUAUCGUCAUGUGGGAAAUCCUCACGGGCGAGGAACCUUAUGCCAAUAUGCAUUAUGGUGCGAUAAUUGGAGGUAUUGUAAAUAACACACUGAGGCCACAUGUGCCCAAUUGGUGUGAUCCCGAAUGGAAGAGGUUAAUGGAGCAGUGUUGGGCACCGGACCCAGCAUCUCGACCAUCUUUCACAGAAAUAGCCAAUCGUCUACGUGCGAUGUCCACUGCCACCCAAGCUAAAGCACAUGCCAAAUGAUCUAUCGGUUUGGGCAUGCCAGUAUCCGUUGCUCAUUCGUUGGAGUUCAUGCCAUACAAUCUUGCAAAAAAAGAAAAAAGAAAAAAAGAAAAGAAAAGAAAAAAAAGAAAGGUAUUUGUAAUAUAGAUGUAUUUCAUUAUUAUUAAGGGAGGGUUGGCUCCCAUGGGAAAUGAUAUGUUUGUGUUUGUGAGUAUAAGAGCUAGUGAGCUUUGAAAAAUAGCAAUUUUCGAUACACUUGUUUGUGGAACAUGUUGUUGUGUGUAACUAUCAACAGAAAUACAGACUGGAUUUCAUUUUUAAUUGUAACAGUGGUCGCUCGCGAUCUUUUUGUUC